AUGCCAGUUGCUCUGAUCACAGGUGCCAAUGGUGGCCUCGGGAGAGCUAUAGCCGAGAGCCUCGCUACUGAGCAUGGUUAUCAUGUUGUCAUCGGCUCUCGAAAUGCUGCCGAGGGCGAGGCUGUCGCUGUUCUCCUGCAGCAGCGUGGGUUUUCUGCGUCCAAUAUACAAAUCGACCUCUUGUCGGACGAGUCCAUUCGCGAAGCAGUCAAAAGUGUCGAAGCAGCCCACGGCGAGCUGCAUGUUCUUGUCAAUAACGCCGGCGUCCAUCUUGAAAUCACUGAGACGGACCUAUCCACCCGCCAACUUCUGAACCAAACUUUCCAAGUCAACACCUUUGGAACCACGGUUCUUACAGAAGCGUGUCUGCCUCUACUACUCCGGGCAGACACGCCUCGCAUCGUCUUUGUAUCGUCUCGAAAUGGGUCGAUCAGCCAGAGCCUCGACAAGGAUUGGCCUAUGUAUGGUGUGCAGCAUCCGGCUUAUAAGGCUAGUAAAGCGGCACUUAAUAUGCUUGCUGUCAGAUACGUUGAGAAGUUGGAGGCUGUUGGAGGCAUGGUCAAUAUGAUGGUCGGCUUCCACCCAGAUGCUCGAUCACCAGAAGUAGCCGCGAAGAAGGUCGUGGAGAUGGCUACAUUGGGGAAAGGUGGUCCAACUGGGACUUUUAUUGAUGCUAAUGGACCGAUUCCGUGGUAA